AAAAUAUGUGGACAAGGUAAAACAGAAAAUCGAACACGGCUGCAUAGACGCUUUUGGAAUCGAGAACUGAAACUGUUGGUAUCACUGCGGCCCGGUGUUUGGAAGAGGAAAACGGCGUGAUCAGUAUCGAGAAAAUCCGUAAGCGUUUAUCAAGAUCAGCAUAAAGUCGCAUUUGUGUCUAACCAUCGAGAUAGGCAAUAUUGUAUGACAACAUCCCCACAUGUUUGGACGGUCCUUGGUUUUCGUCGGAGGAACAGGGAAGGCCACCUAAUCUGCAAUCCAUUCUCUAGUUGUUGGUUGAAGGUACUACGUUGAAAUCCAAUAGGCACGGCGCAGUUGGUCCUCCUGGAGAAAUUGACCGGCGGAAAAAGGAAAUGUUAUCGAGGAAAGGGAAAGCCUAACAAUCCCGAGUGAAGCAAGAGGAAAAGGUAAUACAGCAGCUCUUUUCUUUCCUCGUCUUUAGUCUGCAAAAGAAUGUAGCUGUUGCAUCAAACUUGAAAUGGAACGACAAACGUAGAAUAGUAAUCACUUCCGCCCCUCAUGUAAAAACCAGACCAAUCUGCACCGUUUGAACUUUUCAAUAAUCAAAGCACAGCUUUGCUGAUCGAUCUAGGUCAAUAGGGUAUAGCCCUACCGUCAACACUCGAACAUACUCAAUACGGUAAAACCAUUCGAUCCUCUUAUUCCUGGAACAGAAGACGUGGCUUGGCCUUACAGACUAAUCUGUAAAUACUGAGUAAAACGUUGAUGAAGGUUAAUUGACCUUACGUUGGCAUGGCGUUAAAUAUCAUAACAUUUCAGUUUUUUCACCCACUACGGUAAAUUAUCACAACGAUGUAGGACAGCGUUUUCUUUAGUCAACAAACAACAUAGGACAGGUAUCAAUUAUGUUUUAAAUAUUGAUAAUGCCGAAAAAAGAUAUGAAAGGAAAUUGAAUAAUGUGCGAAAUAUGUAUUAGUAUUAGUUAAAUAUUUUCAUUUUCUGAUGUAACAAUUUUUUUUACACGAAAAUUAUCCUAGGAACGGUAUUGCAGCGCUUGCAAGUGUACCCUUCACGGAUUCAGGUUACUUAAGACCCGACAUCACAUCUAGAUGAUAAUCAAUCUUUUGGAACUACUAAAAAAUGUUUCGCAAAUUGAAAGAUUACGUUUCGAAAAUCCUUUGUUGGUUUCGUUUGUACGAAGUUAAUCGCACACCAGACAACGAUGCGGAAAAAGGCCAAGUUGGAGUAAAUAGAGAAGAAUCCACUACCCCGGACGAAGAUAACGUCAAAGAGCCCUGGACUUUUGAAAUUUUGUGGGAUGUGGUCGCCAACGUCGCUGAUUUGUUUACCAUAAACGGCGAAAAGAAUAUCCUAAUUGGACGUUACAGGCCCGAUAAAGCUGCUGAUGAAAUUCUACAUGCCGAAUUCCCAAGAGAUUCUCCGCUAGCCGUGGCGGUGGAAGCCGUUCGUGAUAAAGGAUUCAAGGUGAUAACUGGCAAAUGGCUGAUUCGUGACCGUCCACCAGCUAUCGUUUUCCAUGUUGAAUCAGCUCGUGACAUGUUUGGAGAUCGUUAUUUGGAAAUGUUUAAGAAAGACCACAUGAUUGACAUCCCAGCUGAUGAUGAAGAAGCCAGAGACGCUGUGAUAUUCGGAUACAUGGUAGCCGAAUUCCUCACGGAAUUCGAAUUGAGGUGUCGGCCAGAAUCUUCUAAUGGGUCCAAUCCAACAACGGGACUCAACCCUUCUUUGAGUGAUACUAAACAGCCUUCUCAUCAAGAUGAACCAACCGAGCCUUCCAUCGUCCCGAGUGAUAUUGAACGGGAACCAUCAGGAAACGAGAUUUGCACUCAAUUUCACGACUGGAAAUGUGCAGUUGGGCUCGUUCUUCUGCGUCAGUGGAGCAGUCGCAUCACAACCAUCUUUACUCUGAAAACUAGUUGUCUGGAGGGAGACUUUCAUUCUCAGGAAAGGGCUCAUGAAGAAGCUCGUCGACGAGGAAUAUUCCACCGCUUUUCUAUGGAACUCGCUGCCGCCCUCGCUUCCAAUAUUUUCACUCCUAUAUCCGAAACCGUUGCGGAACAGGCCGAGGUCGUUCUAGGGAAACACCCAGACUGUGUCAUCACUCAAGACUAACAUGAUAUAUGCCGAUCGCCAACCAUUUCCUGAAUAAUUACGUUCUGUUAUCUGAUUAAUGUCGAAUAAAACAAAUGCAAAGAUAA